AUGUCUGAGAACGCCGCAGACAGGGGGCGACCCCAGCUCGGGAGCCCGCCGCGGGCCGGCCAGUCCCCAGGGAAGCCCGGCCCCCUAGCCGAGGUCGGAGGCGGCGCGGAUCCCACGGGACUGCGGAGGCCGGGAAGAAGGUUCCCAACUCCCCGCUCCCUGCUCCCACCGGGCUGGCGGGAGGAGCGGCCCUUACCUGUGUUAGGGCGCGCGCUGCGACUGCGUCGCUGUCCGGGAAGGGCCGAAGAGCUGCUCGCCCGCCCGGCGCCCGCUGGGGCUAUGGGCGAGGGGCGCAGCUGGACGACUCAGUCCUGGGUCCCCGGCCAGGCGGGCGGGGAUGGACGCGGCGGCUCCCGUCACUGGCAGCCGGCUAGUCGGUCAGGCCGAUGUGCCCUCUGCGCCGCGGCUGAGACAGCGGGAACCGGCCCCAGGAGGAGCCGCAGCCUGAGCGGCCGACUGAGGAGGCGAAGGAUGGGCGGGGCCACAGGGUCGACGACCCACUCACCCGGAAGCAGUUGUGGCCGCGACUGCCCGGGAGCGGCGCUGGCCGCGGUCCGGGCUUGCGCCGCGGUCCGGGCUUGCACCCCGCUGGGCAAAGUACCCGGGACUGUCACACGGCGAGCUGAGCCCUGGGCCGGCGGGGACGCAUGAGACAUUUGGUGCUGAAGACCUGGGUCUGUGGGACUCCUUUGGGAGACCAGUCCCCCAUCCUCACCCUCACUCUGUGAAGAGAUCCACCUACGACCUUGGGUCCUCAGACCAACCAGCCUAAGGAACAUCUCACCUAUUUUAAAUUGGGUAAGUGGCCUCUUUCUACUCUCUUCUCCAACCUCUCUCACUAUCCCUCAACCUCUUUUCCUUUCAAUCUUGGCGCCACCCUUCAGUCUCUCCCUUCUCUUAAUUUCAAUUCCUUUCAUUUUCUGGUAGAGACAAAGGAGACACAUUUUAUCCGUGGACCCAAGACUCCGGCACAGGUCACAGACUCAGGAACACAGCCUUCCCUUGGUGUUUAAUCAUUGUGGGGAUGCCUGCCUGAUUAUUCACCCACAUUCCGUUGGUGUCUGAUCUCCGUGGGGAUGCCUACCUUGUUCAUUCACCCACAUUCCCUUGGUGGCAAGUUAAUUGUAGGGACACUUGCUUUGGCUGCUCACCCACAUUGCAGCCCAGGGCUGCUCAUGUCACCCCUUCUCUCUGUGUCUCUACCCUCUCUUUUCUCUCCACUUUCCUGGGGGGCAAGCACCCCCCACCCCUUCUCUCUGUGUCUCUGCCCCUUUUCCACUUUCCUAGGGGGGCAAGCACCCCCCGCCCCUUCUCUCCAUGUCUCUGCCCCUUUUCCACUUUCCUGGGGGGCAAGCACCUCCCACCCCUUUUCCACUUUCCUGGGGGUCAAGCACCUCCCACCCCAUUUCCACUUUCCUGCAGGGGCAAGCACCUUCUUUUCAAGGGCCUGUUUCCCUUGCCUCCAUAACUGUUGUGGGUAUUGACAGUCAGGCUUCUAAACCUCUUAAAACUCCCCAACUCUGGUGCCAACUUGGACAACAUUCUUUAAUGCACUCCUUUUUAGUUAUCCCACCUGCCCAGCUCGCUUAUUAGUUCAAAACAUUUUAACUAAAUUAUCUGCUUCCCUGACUAUUCCUGGGUUACAGCCACACCUCACUACUGCCUUUUGCCCCAGUUCAAUGCCUCCUGCACAUCCUCUCCUUGUAUCUCCCCACCUUAAUCCACAAGUGUAGGACACCUCUACUCCCUCCUUGGCGAUGGAUGAUGCACCCCUUACCAUCCUAUUAAAAUCUAAUCACCCUUACCCUGCUCAAUGCCAAUAUCCCAUCCCACAGCACGCUUUAAAAGGAUUAAAGCCUGUUAUCACUUGCCUGUUACAGCAUGGCCUUUUAAAGCCUAUAAACUCUCCUUACAAUUCCCCCAUUUUACCUGUCCAAAAACUGGACAAGUCUCACAGGUUAGUUCAGGAUCUGCGUUUGUCAACCAAAUUGUCUUGCCUGUCCACCCCAUGGUGCCAAAGCCAUAUACUCUCCUAUCCUCAGUACCUCCCUCCACAACCCCUCCAUAACCCAUUAUUCUGUUCUGGAUCUCAAACAUGCUUUCUUUACUAUUCCUUGCACCCUUCAUCCCAGCCUCUCUUUGCUUUCACUUGGACUGACCCUGACACCCAUCAGGCUCAGCAAAUCACCUGAGCUGUACUGCCACAAGGCUUCACAGACAGCCCCCAUUACUUCAGUCAAGCCCAAAUUUCUUCCUCAUCCAUUACCUAUCUCGACAUAGUUCUUCAUGAAAACACACGUGCUCUCCCUGCUGAUUGUGUCUGGCUAAUCUCCCAAACCCCAACCCCUUCUACAAAACAACAACUCCUUUCCUUCCUAGGCAUGGUUGGAUACUUUCACCUUUAGAUACCUGGUUUUGCCAUCCUAAUAAAACCAUUAUAUAAACUCACAAAACCAAACCUAGCUGACCCCAUAGAUCCUAAAUCCUUUUGCCACUCCUCUUUCUGUUCCUUAAAAACAGCCCUAGAAGCUGCCCCCACACUAGCUCUCCCUAACUCAUCCCAACCCUUUUCAUUACACACAGCCAAAGUACAGGGCUGUGCAGUCAAAAUUCUUACACAAGAACUGGGACUGCACCCUGUAGCCUUUCUGUCCAAACAACUUGACCUUACUCUUUUUGGCUGGCCCCCACCCCCAUGACUGUAUCUCUCUGAUCCACCUGACAUUCACUCCAUUUCCCCGUAUUUCCUUCUUUCAUGUUCCUCACCCUGAUCACACUUGGUUUAUUGAUGGCAGUUCCACCAGGCCUAAUCGCCACUCACCAGCAAAGGCAGGCUAUGCUAUAGUCUCUUCCAUAUCUACCACUGAGGCUACCACUCUGCCCCCCUCCACUACCUCUCAGCAAGCCAAAUUCAUUGCCUUAACUCGAACACUCACUCUUGCAAAGGAAUUAUGCAUCAAUAUUUAUACAGACUCUAAAUAUGCCUUCCAUAUCCUGCACCACCAUGCUGUUAUAUGGGCUGAAAGAGGUUUCCUCACUAUGCAAGGGUCCUCCAUCAUUAAUGCCUCUUUAAUAAAAACUCUUCUCAAGGCCGCUUUACUUCCCAAGAAAGCUGGAGUCAUACACUGCAAGGGCCACUAAAAGACAUCAGAUCCCAUUGCUCAGGGCAACGCUUAUGCUGAUAAGGUAGCUAAAGAAGCACCUAGUGUUCCAACUUCUGUCCCUCAUGGCCAGUUUUUCUCCUUCUAAUUGGUCACUCCUAUUUACUCUCCUACUGAAGUUUCCACCUAUCAAUCUCUUCCCACACAAGGCAAAUUGUUCUUGGACCAAGGAAAAUAUCUCCUUCCAGCCUCACAUGCUCAUUCUAUUCUGUUGUCAUUUCAUAACCUCUUCCAUGUAGGUUACAAGCCGUUAGUCUGCCUCUUCAAACCUCUCAUUUCCUUUCCAUCGUGAAUAUCUAUCCCCAGUCCUCCACUCUUGACUCCCUCUUGGAGUGGAUAGAUGAUCUUUGCUGACAGGACACAUUCCAACACUUUCACCCUGAUGAAGUCCUAUUCUUUACUUUUAUACUCACUCUUAUUCUUGCUCCCAUUCUUAUGCCACCCUCUACCUCUCCCCAGCUAUCUCCACCACACUAUCAAUCUCACUCACUCUCUCCUAGUCAUUUAUAAUCCUUCUUUAACAAACAAUUGCUGGCUUUGCAUUUCUCUUUCCUCCAAAAUCACCAAGGCCUCAAUUUACUCACUGCUGAAAAGGGAGGACUCUGUAUAUUUUUAAAUGAAGAGUGUUGUUUUCACCUUAAUCAAUCUGGCCUGGUAUAUGACAACAUAAAAAAACUCAAGGAUAGAGCCCCAAAACUCGUCAACUAAGAAAAUAAUUAUGCUGAACCCCCUUGGGCACUCUCUAAUUGGAUGUCCUGGGUUCUCCCAAUUCUUAGUCCUUUAAUACUUGUUUUUCUCCUUCUCUUAUUCAGAACUUGUGUCUGUCAUUUAGUUUCUCAAUUCAUACAAAACCACAUUCAGGCCAUCACCAAUAAUUCUAUAUGACAAAUGCUCCUUCUAACAACUCCACAAUAUCACCCCUUACCCCAAAAUAUUUCUUCAGUUUAAUCUCUCCCACUCUAGGUUCUCACACCGCCCCAAUCCCACUUGGAGCAGCCCUGAGAAACAUUGCCCAUUAUCUCUCCAUACCACCCCAAAAAUUUUUGCCACGCCAACACUUCACCACUAUUUUGUUUUGUUUUUCUUAUUAAUAUAUGAAGACAGGAAUGUCAGGCCUCUGAAACCAAGCUAAGCCAUCAUAUCCCUUGUGACCUGCAUUUAUACAUCCAGAUGGCCUGAAGCAAAUGAAGAUCCACAAAAGAAGUGAAAAUAGCCUUAACUGAUGACAUUCCACCAUUGUCAUCUGCCCUACCCUGAGAAGAUAUAUUCUCCCCUGCCCUUAAGAAGGUACUUUGUAAUAUUCUCCCCCUGCCCUUAAGAAGGUACUUUGUAUGCCUAUCCCAAACCUAUAAGAACUAAUGAUAAUCCCAACGCCCUUUGAUGACCCUUUUUUCGGACUCAGCCCGCCUGCACUCAGGUGAAAUAAACAGCCUUGUUGCUCACACAAA